AUGGGGCUGGCGCGGUGCCUGGCGGCUGCCUUCCUCCUCCUCCCAGUCCUUGGUUUGAGCACUGGCCAACGGGUGGUGACUGUUCAGAAGGGGCCCCUCUACCGUGUGAGGGGGUCCCACGUCACGCUGUGGUGCAAGGUGAGCGGCUACCAGGGCCCGGCGGAGCAGAACUUCCAGUGGUCCGUCUACCUGCCCUCGGCCCCCGAACGGGAGGUGCAGAUCGUCAGCACCGUCGACCCCUCCUUCCCCUAUGCCGUCUACACCCAGCGUGUGCGCAGCCGGGGGAUCUACGUGGAACGGGUGCAGGGGGACGCUGUCCUGCUGCACAUCACCGAGCUGCAGGACCGGGACGCUGGGGAGUACGAGUGCCACACGCCCAACACCGACGAGAGGUACUUUGGGAGUUACAGCGCCAAGACGAACCUCUCAGUGAUCGCGGACACCCUCUCGGCUUCCAUGGUGCCCCAGGUCCUCACCCGUGCCGAAGGGGAGGCGGUGGAGCUCACCUGUGAGGUGUCCAAGUCCACUGCCCAGCACACGCAUCUCUCUGUUGGCUGGUACCGUCUUCAGGGAGCAGGAAAGAGCCAUGCUGAUGAGGUCCUCACCCUCUCUAAGGACUUCGUCUUGAGGCCUGGGCCCUCUUACGCGCAGAGGUUUCUGGUGGGGAACGUGCGGCUGAACAAGGUUGGGAACACCACGUACAAGCUCUCCAUCGGGGGAUUGGAACCGUCCGACUGGGGGCAGCUGUACUGCGAGGCGGCAGAGUGGAUUGAGGAUCCUGAUGAGACAUGGAAGGACAUCUCCCGCAAGCAAACAGGGAGGACGUCGCUGGCGGUCAUGAGCCGGGGCAGAGACCUCUCCGUGGACAUUGCUGCUGCUGAAAGCUCCCUUUCUGAAGGUGAUACCUUGCAGCUAAAUUGCAUGGUGGGAGCCCAGAAGAGCAGCAGCAGGCAAUUCCAAGUGCUUUGGCUCCUCAAUGGCAUGGAAGUGGCCAAAGUUGACCCCCAUGGGGUAUUGAUUUGGGAGGAAGAAUAUGAGGAGAGAGCCAAGCUGGGGCAGCUCCGAGCAUUCAAGCAAAGCAACACAGUUUAUGUUCUCAUCAUCUAUGAGGUGGGACUGAAGGACAACGGCACAUACCACUGCUCUGUUUCGGAGGUGAACACUCCUGGAGACUUUCACAGCAUCCAAACCAAUCUGUCAUCAGGCAUCCAAGUCGACGUGAAGCCAAUAGAGAGCCACAUGCGCCUGUCCGUGUCCACCAGCACGCCACAGGUCAUGGCAGGAGAUGCCUUGAUCCUUCUUUGCGAGGUGCAAGGAGCGACCAGCCCUGUGUCAGUGCAGUGGUGGCACUUGCCACCACAGCACCCGGGUCCUCGGGUGCCGGUGGCCACCAUGGAGCAGGACGGCACCCUGAUCCUGGGCAGCGCCUACUGGGACAGCAGGACUCGAGGGAGCCUCCGGCUGGAGAAAGCAAACUCCAGCGCUUUCACCCUGGUGAUCCCCAACACGUUGGAUGAGGGCGACAGCGGGCGGUACGGGUGUGAAGCAACUGAGUGGUCCCGAGGCCAGAGCUGGACAGAGGAGGGGGAGACAGCAGUAACAGUCAGCUCCAUGGGUCUUGGUCUGCACACCACGCUGAGAAGCCGAAUUGCCACCGUCAGAUAUGGGCAGAGUUUUGAACUUUUCUGCCAAGUGAGCGCCAGCUACACCCUUGAGGAGGUGCCGAUGUCCGUGGGGUGGCUUUUCCAGCCCAGCCCACCCACGGGCCACUACCACGAGUUGGUCCGGGUCUUUCCCAGUGGCACUGUGGCCUGGGGGACAACACAGCCACACUUCCAGGGGAAAGCCCAGCUGACAAAGGCUGCCACCUCCUUCAGGCUGCGCAUCCACAAUGCCGUAGCUGCUGAUGAGGGAACGUACCAGUGUGAGGUGGAGGUCUGGAGGAGGAACAUCCUGCCGCUGGGGCAGGCGGCAGCCACCGCCAGGUCCAAUGCUGUGGGGAUAAACGUGGUGCUGCCAGAAAGCAAGCUUCAGGUAUCUACGAAAGAGAGCUCUGUGGAGAUUGCUGGUGGUGCCAACACAGCCAUUGAGUGCAAGAUCGUGUUUGCCCAGAACAGUUCUCAGUUUGCCAUUACCUGGUACCUCCUACCUCCUUCUCCGGCAGAUGCAACCCCCUUGCAAAUCGUAAGGGCUGACUACAGCAGCAUACUGGAAUAUGGGGCUGAGUUCAGCUCUCCUGCACAAAAGUCCCGGUUUCUGAGCCAGAGGGUGUCCAGCAACGUUUUCUGGCUGCGGAUAUUCUCUGCGAACCCUGGGGACCAGGGCAGGUACUUCUGUGUGGUAGAGGAAUGGCUGUGGCUGGUGGAUGGCUGGUACAAACUUGGAGAGGGAGCAUCGGGAAGGACCACGCUGGAGUUCAAGCUCCCAGAGCGUGAACUGCACCUGGAGAAAACCAACCACAGCAUUUCAGUGAGGGAGGGCGAGGAGGUGACGCUGCAUUGCCUGCUGCGGGGUGCCCGCCCGCCCACCGCCCGCCUCUCGGCCACCUGGUUUCGGGGGGAGAAGAGCAGCCAUGCCAGGCCCCUGCUCACCCUCCACCACAACGGCGUCAUCGAGUACCCCCAGGAGAGGCUGGCAGGGAGGCUGCACCUCCGCCGCCCCGCUGCCGGCGACUUCAGCCUGACGCUGCACAGCGUGGAGGAGGGCGAUGCUGGUGUGUAUCACUGCCAGGUGCAGGAGUGGCAGCAGCAGAGCGAGGAGAAGGACUGGGCUCUGCAAGCCUUGGCGUGCUCGGGGUACACCCAGCUCACCACCACCCCGCCAGAGUCAACGGUGUUUUCUAGGAUCUGCUCAUCCCCACCACUACUGAACUUCAUCCUAUACUUACCCCUGGUUCUGAUCCUUCUCUUGGCCCUUGCUGGCUUCUGCUGGUACUUCAAAUUCAGAAAAAGCAAAAAGGGCAACGUCACAGGAGACCAGCUGAUGGAACUGCAAAGCGACGGAGAGGUCAAGAAAACCUAG